AACUUAAACCACGUGGAGUAGCAGUCAAUUUGAUUCCAGGGUUACCAGCAUAUAUCCUGUUUAUGUGCGUUCGACAUGCUGACUAUCUGAAUGAUGAUCAGAAAGUGAGGUCAUUGCUCACAUCAACAAUUAACAGCAUCAAAAAAGUGUUGAAGAAAAGAGGUGAUGAUUUUGAGACCGUCUCCUUCUGGCUCUCUAACACAUGCCGAUUUCUGCACUGCUUGAAGCAGUACAGUGGAGAAGAGGGCUUUAUGAAGCACAACACAUCUCGCCAGAAUGAGCACUGCCUCACCAAUUUUGACCUGGCUGAGUAUCGGCAGGUGCUGAGUGACUUGGCCAUUCAGAUCUACCAGCAGCUCGUGCGGGUGUUAGAGAACAUCCUUCAGCCAAUGAUCGUCUCGGGCAUGCUAGAGCAUGAAACGAUCCAGGGUGUGUCCGGGGUGAAGCCCACAGGGCUGAGAAAGCGAACCUCCAGUAUUGCCGAUGAGGGCACCUACACGCUGGAUUCCAUCCUCCGGCAGCUCAACUCCUUCCACUCAGUCAUGUGUCAGCAUGGCAUGGACCCAGAACUGAUCAAGCAGGUGGUCAAGCAGAUGUUCUACAUCGUGGGGGCCAUCACCCUGAACAACCUCCUCUUGCGGAAGGACAUGUGCUCCUGGAGUAAAGGCAUGCAGAUCAGGUACAAUGUCAGUCAACUGGAAGAAUGGCUACGUGACAAGAAUCUGAUGAACAGUGGGGCUAAAGAAACCUUGGAACCUCUCAUUCAGGCUGCUCAGCUUUUGCAAGUGAAAAAGAAAACAGAUGAUGAUGCAGAAGCCAUUUGUUCCAUGUGCAAUGCUUUAACUACUGCCCAGAUUGUCAAAGUGUUGAAUCUGUAUACCCCAGUUAACGAGUUUGAAGAAAGAGUCUCUGUGUCAUUUAUUCGUACUAUACAGAUGCGUUUACGAGACAGGAAGGACUCUCCUCAGCUGCUCAUGGAUGCUAAACACAUCUUUCCUGUCACCUUUCCUUUUAACCCAUCCUCCCUCGCACUCGAAACCAUCCAGAUUCCAGCCAGCCUAGGCUUGGGAUUCAUUUCACGGGUCUAAAAGUGAUGUCCAAGCAAACAUUGACAAUUUAUUUCUUGCCUGAAAUAAGAAUUUGUUGUUUCCAGUGAGCUACUCAAAGUACAAAAUACAUUUUUCAAGAGAAAGAACUGGUUAUCUCCCAAACAAGAGGUUAUUAACUGGAAAUCUCCCUAGAAUAUUUUCAUCACCUUGGAAACAAAGAUAGACUCUUUGUGCUGUGUUACCUUUAUAGCAACACUCACCCUUGACCAGUUAGUUAUCCUCAGUUUACAUACAAGUGAAUGAUAGCAGGAAGGGAAAAAAGGAGGAAUGAAAGUAAGGAGGGGGAAAUGUGUUUUCAGCUGCCAGCAUUUAUUUUAAAUCUUUAGCACUGCAUUUAAAUGGGAUAAAAAACAUAUAUUCUGUAUAUGAGCUGUUGUUAAAGGCAACAACAAAAAACCUCCUCUGCACUAAACAGAAGAAUCAAAAGAAAGUCUCCACUGAGCACAUAACGAAUCAGUUUAGGAAUUAGUUAUGUUGGUAUUGUCAAACUGGAUCAAAGAAAUAAACUGGCAAUAUGUAAAGUAAUUGGUUAAGCAACUUCCUUAUUUGUGUCAGUAUGAUAAAGAAAUUAAAAGAAUGUUGGUUUGCUAUAUAGCAUAGAUGUCCAUCUGUACUGUAGUUUACUGAGCAUUUUAAAUUGCUGCUACAUACUGUCUUCUUAAAUUGUAAGUGAUAUUCUUAUUAGGCAUCACAACAAUAAGCUUCUCUUUUAUCAACUCUGUUUACAAUGCAAUCAGAUCACAAUUUUAACUGGAUUAUAUGCAAAUAUCUACAGAUUCACCUGCACAAGUAGCAGACACUGGAAAGUCAUGUAGUAAUAUGACAAAAUGCUUGAUAUUUAGGGAUAGGUUUAGACAUAGUGGCUAUUGUUGAUGUCAUUAUUUAUUCAGGAUGUACAUUGAUGUGUUCAUUAAUUUUCCCUGGGUGGAUAUUAGGAACAGUAUUCUGUGAAGUAACUAAUUUUUAGUUACCAGAUCUGAUUCCUGCAGUGCAUACUUUCAAUCUGGACAGGAUUUCUUUCUUAAUUUAUUAAUAAUUAAUUUCAUCCACUAUCGAGAAAGGAUUAUCAGAAUAGUCCUGAUUCAGGUCUUGAUACUUUGAUUAUCCUAUAAAUUAUGCAAAAGAAGGUGUAUAAUAAAUAUUUAAUUACGAUUCAGUUUUUUAAGGCUGUGCAAUUGCUAUAAAUGUUCUCAGAUACCACUAGAUACUUUAAAAAACAUCAUAUUAGAAAUACUUUAAGAAGACUUAUAUAAGAAAUAUAAGAAGAUUGUUGAAUUUUAUAGAGAAUUUGUUUCAGUAAGACCAAAUCCUAUAAGUUUUCAUUCUGAAAUUCUAAUUAAACAUAUUCACCAUUUUCCUAGAAAUUUUAUAUAAUAAUCCUUCAGGUUGUACAAAAGCAAAUUCUUAGCUUUAAUUAGAAACUCUGGUUUGGAAUUGCAGUUAUAGAUUACAUAAGUUAACUAUUAGAUGGUCUAUAAAAAUGACAAAUCUUAUUAAAAUAUGUGCAAUAUUAUUCAUGGAGGUCAAAACAGUUUCAAAUCAGUGAUAAAGAUUGUUAUUAAGAGAUAAAUACUGUCUGUUAACUUAUUGGGCCUCAACUUCUUUGUUGUUAAGAGAGUUGGACAACUGAUUCUUGAGGUCUCUUCUACAUCUAAAAUUCUCUCAGCAGUUGGAUUCUAGAAAAAAGAGCUGCAGUUUCUCAGUAAGUCCAUCCUCUGGUUGAAGGAUCAAUGUGUAGUGCCUGUCAAUUCCUUCGGAUUAAUAAGAUGUAAAGUCACAAGUUUGUAUAGCUGCAACCUUUCUUAAAUGUACAUGAUUUAUGACUUGCUUUUAGAAGGUCCUACUAUAUUUGUAUUAUUUGAAAGUUAAUUAGUUUAAGUAAUUUUUAUUAUAUCAUGUACUGCUUCAUUCAACUUGAAUGCAUUAAUUUAUUUGCAAUAUCAACCAAAAAAUAUUACUAAUUCAGUCAAAUUCUCUCAGUUUUCCCUGUUGUCAAUGUGGUUUUCAAUGAACAAUUAACUCAUA